CGCGGGCAGCGCUCGGCGGCGGAUAAAAGGUGUCCGGAGGGGGCGGGGAGAGUUGCCGCCAUAACCGCCGCUGUGCAUCGGUCGGGGGCUCGGCUGUGGGCUGAGGAGCGGCGGCAGGAGCCGGACAGAUCAUUUGAAAGCAUGUUUUGGCACUGUGGAGAUUAAAGCAAUGUGAGAUUCAUCACCCUCUGGCUGAAGAAAUUCCUCCUCAUCUCAGUUCUAAAGGGAUGUCCCUUUUUAAUAAGGUUGUGCCCUUGGAUCCUAGACUCACCCACUAAUGGAAACCAUCCUCUCCACGUCCACACUAUCCAGGCCUUUCAGUAUCUGGAAGUAAAGAUAAAUAUCCAUCACCUGAUGCUUUUACCAAUCUGAAAGUCUGAGGCCGAGUGAACUAGAAGACCUGGGUGAAAGGAAGUUUGGUGGUUUGACUUUGCUCUGAAGUUUAACCAUGGGGCAAAGAGUUGCUGUUGGACUCAAGACUGUGGAUGUGAGGGAUCCUUACAGGCCUCUUCGACACGAACAGCAGGGGCUUGACUAUUGUAAGCCAGCUCGGCUGGACAUGUUACUGGACAUGCCACCUGUUUCUGGUGAUGUCCAGCUGUUGCACUCGUGGAACAAUGAUGAUCGAUCACUGAAUGUAUUUGUAAAAGAAGAUGAUAAGUUAAUAUUUCAUCGGCAUCCGGUGGCACAGAGCACCGAUGGUAUCCGAGGCAAAGUUGGAUACACCAGAGGAUUACAUGUGUGGGAAAUUACUUGGGCAAUGAGACAGCGGGGGACACAUGCAGUGGUUGGCGUUGCUACGAUAGAUGCUCCUUUGCACUCUGUAGGUUACACAGCACUUGUCGGAAGUAAUUGUGAAUCCUGGGGCUGGGACCUUGGACGCAACAAACUAUAUUUUGAUGGCAAAAAUCAGCCAAGCCAGACUUAUCCAGCUUUCUUGGAGCCCCAUGAGACUUUUAUUGUGCCUGAUGCAUUCUUGGUAGUUUUGGACAUGGAUGAAGGAACCUUGAGUUAUAUGGUGGAUGGACAUUAUCUGGGAGUAGCAUAUAGAGGACUUAAAGGGAAAAAGCUUUACCCUGUUGUAAGUGCUGUCUGGGGUCACUGUGAAAUCCGACUGCGCUACAUUAAUGGACUUGAGCCGGAGCCAUUGCCAUUGAUGGAUCUCUGUCGGCGUUCAGUCCGGGUUGCACUUGGCAAGGACCGCUUGAAUGAAAUCCAGUCACUACCACUACCAGCAUCCCUGAAGAGUUACCUUAUGUACCAAUGACAGCGUAAGAAAAGGACUGAAACCCUAAGAGACAUUGUACACGGGCAGUUAAUCCAUUUAAUCUUCCAUCCAUUGUGGUGGGCAUUAUUUUCAAACUCUGGUCUUGUUUUACCCAAAACUUGAACGCUUUCAUCCAGUCAUUUUUGGGGUCCAGAGAUUUUACAAGUUGGGAGAUUUUUUAUCGGUGGAAAAUCUUAAAUUGAAUGACAUAUCAACCAAAUCCCCAAAGAUGUUUUUAUUUUUCAAUUUCAAAGGCAGCUUUCUUUUAAAAUUAGUAUAAUCUACAUUUCACAUUGUCAAAAUAGAAAUUUACCCUAGUCUUUCUGCCGUGUAUUGCUACUUUGCAAAAAAAAAAUGCUGGGCAUAAAAUAUAUUCUUUUAAAAGCUGCUAUUGAAGUCUUUAAGGAGAAAUGUUAGUAUUUGGGGCAGGAAAUGGGUAGGUGCUGGCAGUGGGUGUGGGGAGAUUUACAUUGGAUAUUUGACUGCAGGGAAAGUUUUGAAGAUGUUGGUUUGAAUUCAGUACAUUGAAAAGACUGAUUUAGUCCAUCCAAAGGGAACUGUUGCAUCUAACACUGAAUUCCUUGCUCUCCCUAAUAAUGACAAUAAACCAAAUCUUAAUAUUAAAUUUGUCCUACUCUAA